GGGGAGUCAAGCACCGAGUGUUGAGGUGAGGCAGAGCUCAUCAUUCCGUAGGCUCGUUAAGCUGCACAGCUCCUCGGAUUCUACUGAGACCAACCCCCUCUGUGAGAGCUCCGUCAAACGCUCCUGUGCUGGACCGCAGUGUCUCUGUGCUGCUUCAGCCUCUGUGACGCGGAUGCAACAAGACCCUGCUAAGGGGCUGCACCGAAAACUUUAUCAUUUGAGGUUUGGAAUAAAGUGCCAACAAUAUGCCUAAACAAGUGGAGGUGAGGAUGCACGAGAGUCACCUGGAGCCCAUCGAGGCUCGGCCUCAGUCCAAAUGUGCCAGACUGUGCUCCAAGUUGUUCAAGAACCUUCUGCUCACUCUCACCGUCCUUGGUGUGAUCUUGGGAGCGGUGGCAGGGAUGUUGCUUCGUGUUGCCUCCCCAAUUCACCCGGACAUUGUCAUGGUGAUCGCCUUUCCUGGAGAUAUCCUCAUGAGGAUGUUGAAGAUGUUGAUUCUGCCUCUUAUCAUCUCCAGUUUAAUCACAGGUCUAGCAGGUUUGGAUGCAAAAUCCAGUGGGCGUCUGGGCACCAGGGCGAUGGUCUACUACAUGUCCACCACUAUCAUUGCCGCCGUCUUGGGAGUCAUCCUGGUGUUAGUCAUCCACCCUGGCAAUCCCAAACUGAAGGAGAACCUGGGAGAGGGCGAGAAAAACGACGACGUGUCCAGCUUGGAUGCCUUCUUUGAUUUGAUCAGGAACCUGUUCCCAGAGAAUCUGGUGCAGGCUUGCUUUCAACAGAUCCAAACGGUGACAAAGAAGGUGGAAGUGGUUGUUGAGGAGAAUGUCAACGCCACCUCCAUGGAGGGCUUGUUGGCAAAUAUUACCAAGGAGCCUCAGUUCGUCGUCAAAAAGUCCCUGCAGUUCAAGAGUGGCAUGAAUGUUCUGGGUUUGAUUGGUUUCUUUAUUGCUUUUGGCAUCUGUAUGGGCAAGAUGGGCGAAAGGGCCAGACUGAUGAUUGAGUUUUUCAACAUCCUCAAUGAGAUCGUGAUGAAACUUGUCAUCCUGAUCAUGUGGUAUUCCCCCUUUGGUAUUGCCUGCCUGAUCUGUGGUAAGAUCAUCUCCAUCAAAGACUUGGAGGUGGUGGGCAGACAACUGGGCAUGUACAUGGUCACUGUGAUCGUUGGCCUCCUCAUCCAUGGAGUUAUCUUCCUGCCCAGCAUCUAUUUCGCCAUUGUCAGGAAGAAUCCUUUCAAAUUCUUCUUGGGUAUCUUCCAGGCCUGGAUCACUGCCCUGGGAACUGCCUCCAGUGCCGGCACACUGCCUGUCACUUUCCGCUGUCUGGAGGAGAAUUUGGGAAUUGACAAAAGAGUCACUCGUUUCGUUCUUCCGGUCGGUGCCACCAUCAACAUGGACGGAACUGCUUUGUACGAGGCCGUGGCUGCCAUCUUUAUUGCCCAGAUGAAUGGUAUCCACCUGGACCCUGGUCAGAUUGUCACUGUCAGUCUCACAGCUACACUCGCCAGUGUUGGAGCUGCCAGUAUUCCCAGUGCCGGACUGGUGACCAUGCUCUUGAUCCUGACUGCUGUGGGGCUGCCAACCCAGGACAUCAGUCUGCUGGUUGCUGUUGACUGGCUGCUGGACCGGUUCAGGACCUCUGUGAAUGUGGUUGGAGACUCGUACGGUGCAGGCAUCGUGUACCACAUGUCCAAGGCGGAGCUUGACGAGCUGGACGCGCAGGCGGCUAAAUCGGACGACAUCGAAAUGAUGACGAAGACCCAGUCUUAUUACGACGACAUGAAGAACCACCACGAAAACAAUUCCAACCAGUGCGUCUUAACGCCUACCGCAAAUGCUAACCCUUCUGUUGUAGUAGAUGAAUGCAAGGUAACCUCGGCCACAAACGGCUCUGCAGCGGAGUGCACGCUUGUUGAGGAGGAACCAUGGAAACAUGAAUAAUGGCAGCAAAGUCAUCCCCCUGCCCCUGGGCUCCUCAAGCUUUCCUAUAUGGUGAAAAAUAGGAGUGAAUGGAAGAAAAAAAAAACGUCACGUGAACAGACCUACUAAUUGUUUAUUAUGUAGUCUAGUUUUCAUUUUUAUUAGUCCCUUUAAGAUGUUUUUGUAACUGUUUCUCUGACUUAUAUAUCUACAGUAUAUCACUAAUUCACUUAACCGUGAAAUGAUAACAGCACAAUUAUGUCCUUAAUAGCAGACUCUUGCACAACACACUUCAAGACUGAGGGAGGGAAGAAAGGAAAAGAACAAAACAAACCUUAUUAUACACUACUGCUAGCAAUAGAUUCCACUUCUGCUUUUCUACCAAGCACAAACCUCAAAGCAUCUCAGAGGAAUGGGGAUUUAAUGGAGGUUGUCAUGGCGACCGCUUCCUUCCUUUUCUUCCUUUUUUUAGUACCAUCACAAGCACACCUGGCAACAUCCUCACUCUUGUUCUCGGAAUGCACCUGGCUACAUUUCACCUAACAUUACCCAGAAUUCCUGGGGAAGCCACAAAAUUGAGUCAUGCUGAGCCUCACAUGAGAAUAUUCACGGUGGAACAUUUAAGCACAAUGUGUUCUUGUUUCGUUUACUUUACUCUCGAAAAAGGGACAUUUUUCUCCUGUAUUCGACUUCUAUGUGUGUCGGUGUGUGACUGUGUGUGAACGUGUGUGUGUGUGUGUGUGUGUGUGUGUGUGUGUGUGUGUGUGUGUGUGUGUGUGUGUGUGUGUGUAUUCGGAGAGAGUUGGUAACACGAACAAGUGAGUUACUGGGACCAAACAGGCAGGUAAAAUAGACUCAUAAAGUCUCCAAACUGCCACAUUUACACAAAUACAAUCAGUUUUUCCUACAAAGUCUCACUAUUUACAAGAAAGCUUUUCACUGCCCACAAUGAUGUAACGUCAAGAGAAAUGACACUAAUCAAACUGACAGGUGUAAAUCCAUUUUGGCACAAUUGACUUGGCACAAAAAUAUGAUGCACUUAUUUGCGCAGGGCCCCCACGAUCCACGAGGGCCCUGUUUUUCAUGAAAAAGGCCUAUCUAAAGUCGCAAUCAGUAUAAGACAGGGCGCUUCAUAUGAAAUGUUACUUGAAACGUAUUCCUAUAGCCUCUUCCUGCUCUGUCAUUGAAAAUAAUAUUAUGUCAAAUUUAACAGUUGUCUUCUGUGGCGCAUAGUCUUAGUACUGUCAGGAUUGUGCAACGUUAUGCUAAAUGUGUUGGUUGUGCUAACAAUUUAUCUGCCAUGAAUUUGUACACAAAUUAAAUUCCAGUUUGAUUUAAAAAAAUAAAAAAUAAAAAAAGGAUAAAAAAAUGGUUUGACAUCAAUGAAAAAGUGUGAACAAAAUACAAUUAAUGUAUCAUUUGGGCCCCAGUUUAGCCUGUCAAGAAUUGUCACUGGUAACUGAUGCAUGCCUUUAUGUUUACUCCUUGGCAAGGAAUUAAUGUUCACAACAGACCUAACUUGUACAUCCUCAGCACAACAUUAUGAAUAUUUGAUGAAAAAAAUAUAUGACUUUUGGUACACACCUGAACAAAAAAGAGCAAAUGUUUACAACAUCCGGGGGGUGGACUCGUGUGCAUCACCUAAAGGUUACUUUAAGUUCUGAUGGGACCCAGAUAAGAGUAUAAAGUUAGCACCAUUUGGCUGCCGGGUGGUAUUUUUAACAAGCACAAACACAGACGGAUUACGGAUAUUUAUACUCAGCUUUUGGAAGAGUCUCGUUUCGCCACGUGUACAAAGGCAAACAUUGCCUAUUUUCAGCCGCCAGAGCUCAAGACUGUUUCUACAAACCCUAGAUGCUGCAGCUGUGCGCCCAUGUCCAAGAAUCCACUCAUAGCCGAACAAGGAACGCAUUCACUUGACAAUAACAAUAAAAUAAAUAAUUAUAAUAAUAAUAAAACAUACUCCUUUAGUACAAACUACGUCGCAAAUGGACCAGUCCGUAUGAGUGAUUUCUGUGUCUUCGUAUCCUUGUCUCUUCACUUGUGUUUGACGACGACUUGGCCUUGACGAUGUUUGCGUGGACGAGAAUAGAACAUAAACGUGGAGUGCAGCUCUCAAAGUGAGCACUCAGUCCUCGUAACUAAGUGACACACACGCGGUCAUUGAUUGAAGGUUGCCGAAGAGCACGGUCCUGGCCAUCAGGACCAUGGACAGCAUCAGGAUGAGAGUUCAAACUCACUAUUUUUAAAAAGCAUGAGUAAAAUGAAACAAAACUCUUUUUUUUUUUUUUUGCACCACUAUCUUAAAAAGCAUGAUAUUUGAAGUGCCUCCUUGCACUUUUGUGUAUAUAUUGUAGUCAACAGUAUUUUGUUGUUAUUUGAUUUCAUCUCUUUGUCCCUUCUGGGGAUUGUUGAAAUGGUAUAUAGAAUAUAGUUACAUUUUAAAUGUAAUCCUCUAGGAAAAAUGUAUCAUCUACUGUAUGUCCCAAGUAGAAUUAGCUUAGACAAACUGCAGGAAAUUGUGUAUUAAAUUGCUUGUUUGUUCUUUUUUUGUAUUCUCUAAUAAUGGUUAACUAGCUGCUUUACUUCUCUGUCACUCAACAAUAUACAGUAUAAAUAUCUUC